CGUCAACGACGAAGAUUUUUUUGGCAAAGCGUACGAUUCGGCACCGUAUCUUUGUGAAGAAGACAGGAAAACGAAGUCUCGCUUUCUUUUAUCACCUAGUCACGAUGGCUCCAGCCUCUAGAAGAAGCAGAAACAACAUCGGAUUUAUUGGGUGGUUCACAACGCUCUUUCUCAUCAUUUGCUGCAGUUGUUGCCAUCUCGCCAGAGCUUUUUCUUCGUCGACGGUUUGCACUAUUAGCCCUAGAACGCGAAUGAUGGCAGCGUCGACUUCCGAAUCGACAACGACCUCCGCGGCUCCUCUGCCGACGUGGGACCAACUAAAGACCCUUGCGUCCGACACGCCGGUGGGAGCCGCACUCGAUGCCGACGUUGAGCUCCGAAGCAAGGGAAUCGGAAGUCCCAACGUGCACARCAAGCUGCGGUUGUUUGUAGACAGCGAAAAAGAGCAGCAGCAACCAGCUUACACGUUGUAUCGUGACCAUGCUGGUUGGUGUCCGUGAGUUMGAAAGAGUCUGGAUGUGCUAAUACUCGUGAUGUUGUUUCGCCAAAAGAGCCCUCAAUUGUUUUUGUUUGUGUUUUSUUUGCCAUUAACCUUUUUCCUUACUUGUCGGCUUGUGGUGAUUGACGAAUGGAUUAAAACGACACGAAACUUUAGUUACUGCCAGAAAACUAUGCUGUUAAUCGAGGCGAAGAAAAUCCCGGUAAACAUCGAGCUCGUCAACAUGAGGAGCUACGGCGACAAACCUCAAUCGUUUUUGAGAAAGGUUCCGAACGGUAUGCUACCAGCACUAGAAGACAAUGCUUCGGGAAAUGUUGCUCUUGAUUCGGCCUACAUUAUGGARUUUCUUGAGGACUAUUCAAAUCGCGACGCAAACAGCAAAAGCAACCAUGUUGGCAACAUGAUUCCGGAUCGGCAAACGCAGCCCGAGGAGUAUCGACGGUACACAUCUCUGAUGGGCCUCGAGAGAGAAUUGUUUCGAUGGUGGUGCACCUUCAUGUUUCGUCCGGAGCAGCCAAAUAUCAUGGGUGGUGGURCUGGCGGCGGUGUCGCUGGCCUCGUGGGAAACUUGUUUGGCGGCAACGCGGAAGGAAACGACGACGACAGCUACGUGUCGCCUUCCAUGAAAGGAUUUUUGGACUGUCUAGAAACCGUUGAUGCCCAACUAGGGGCAACGAAUGGACCCUACUUUUUGGAUUCCUCGGCCAGCGGCAGCAACCAUCCCACGAUGAUCGAUUUUGUCUACGCAUCGCACGUUGAGCGGAUGUUGGCAAGCUGUGCAUAUUGGAAGGGUAUGAACCUAAGGGAUCCUAACGAUUAUCCCACCCUGUCCAACCUUCGAAAGUGGAUGGACGCUCUGGAACAACACGAGUAUUACCUGGCCUUCAAAUCAGAUUACUACACCCAUGUCAAGGACAUUCCACCGCAGUACGGACCGGGAUGCAAUGGUGUGAGCCGAUCGAAGAAGAUUCAAAGCUACAAGGCCAUGAUUGAGGGUGAUUCAUCGACACAGUCCUGGAAACUUCCGCUGGAMGACGACGAUUCCCUCCAGCCUCUCUUUCGGGGCAUCCCCCUACCUCUGUGUGUCCUCGAGGCCGCGGACAUCCGGCCGGAUGCCCAGAGUGGAUCGUACGAGUCSACGGCCAAGACCUCCCAGGCCUUCCGAACCGCUUGUCAGACCAUGGCUGCCUGGAAACUCUGCGGGAACGGAAGCGCCGUGUCACGCUUUGCUUCCCGCGGUGGUCCAAGCGGAUCCAAAAACUUCAACCGCAAGACCUUUGGAGCCGAGCUGGCCGAUCCGUACGCGGCUCCCGACGAGGGAGUACUGGAAAGCGUUGAUGCCCUCCUGCGGGUCGUCUCCCGGACCAUGCUCGUGGUCGAAGCCAACACCGUUCCUAGCCAAGACCACGCAGAUGCCCUGGUGGAAGCAGCGGSAAGCCAUGGUGGUGCAAGCGUGGAUGGUAUGGUGUCCUCCCUGGCAUACCUGAGGGAUAGGAUUGGGGUGCCUCGGGAUCUCCCUCUGGCGUCUGCUCGGUACUUGCGGGCUUAUCUGAAUUGGGCCAUCGAUGUCCUUGAGGAGAAAUGAAGGUAGUCGAGGAAUUUGUCACACAAGGCAUGCAUGUAUCUAUGUGUGCAGGUAUGCUUCAAAGCAYUGCUCUAUGACUACCGAAYAGUAUUGCCAGCAUUAAGUUUUAUU